GACUCAUUUGGGAUUCCGCUGUGCACGUAGCACCGUAGAUAACAAUUGUGGUGUCCUCUAGCGCCAUCUAGCGGACGCAUUUACAAAGCAAUCUCAUCCUCAUCAUCUUGUUCCUCUAGAGUGGAAGCAAAGCACCGAGUUGCUUUAUCGCAGGGGUCGCAAGUUGAGGUGAAAUGGAUCCUCUCCAAGGGAAGCAGCCCCAUGUUGGUUGGAAGUUAUUUUAAGACGGCUCGAUAAUGUGGAGGCAUGCUUGGAAUUCUGAUGCCUGAGCGCCAUCAUCAUCGUCAUUAACAUGCAAACAUCACUCGUGGGGAUUACCCUUCCUUCGUGAAGCUUCUUGUUUCCGGGCAGACCAAUGGGCGCUCCUGCUUGGGCUCUUCUUUCUCGCCCAGCCUCUUGUGUUUAUUAAUACACCUAAACAGAUUUGAGGUUGUCAUAGUCACACAUAGCUGCAGUCAAACUGUGGAGGGUGCAGGGGGGCGGGGUUGUGGAUCUUCAUACCCGCUCCCGCACAUUUUGCUUUGUCAUUUGCAGCAACCGGAUUCAUCCACAGGCCGGAGAACAAGUAACAGGGGAUGGAUCGUGAAGUUGAUGCAAACAGCAGUUUCAAGCAUUAGAGCCUCGCCAUGGAGGACGACAGCGAUCCGCCGUUUGAUUUCACGCCUCUCUUCAUCCAAGAAGAAAAUGCCGAUCCCGAGAGUAACUGGUCGGCUUUCACGAGGACGCAGGCGAGUCAACCGUCUUUAAUGGGGACGUACUUGCACGAGAUGGACGACUUACUCGAGAGGUGCGAGGAGUCAAAUGCAGAAGAGAUGCUCGGCCAAAGAGAAACUUAUUUUACCACCGCGGAAGAAGACAUGCCCGUCACUUCGGCGGGAAGCAAACUGAGCGACACCAUGGUGCGAUAUGAAGAUCAACUCAUGGGGAUGUUGGCCAUGCUGGAGAGCUGUAUGGAGGAGGCGGAAAUCGAUUUCCAGGCCAACCAGGAGUAUGUCCAUGUGAAUCAAGUCGAGGAGCUGACGUCGGAUAGUCUCAGCGUUGAUCAUCAGGAAUCUGAAUCGGACCUUCACGAGCGUUCCGAGCCAGCGGUUGCUUGCGCUUCCAAAGUGGAUGAUAGCAAUGUCACGGAAUUUCCACCCGAAGCCUUGGAGAUUAAUUUUGCAGUGGAUGGAUUCGAGGAACUGAAGUGUCAGAUGGAGGAGUGCAUUGAGGAGCUGCAGCGCUUAGAGAGGAGGAGGAAGGACUUACUGGCAGAAGUGCUGGAGCUGAGGCGGCAGGAACUCCAAGAAGAACCGGAGGAAAACAUUUCAAGCAAAGUAAGCCAGGUGAUGGCAGUGUUAAGAAAGGAGGAGGAAGACCGGAGAGAGGAGAGAAAGAAGGAGGUGGGGCUCCUUAGGUCAGAAGUGGCCGAAGAAGAGCGGCGAGUGUGGAAGGUGGAAAUGGAAAAGCAGGAGUUGCUCAACCAGAUGCGCAAGCUGAAGAUGCAGUUGUUCACCAAAACCAGGGAGAACGCCUACACCCAGGCGGCCCUCAACAAGCGACGCCACGAAAUGGAUCUCCAGAAGAGAGAUGAGGAGAAGCUACAGACCUCGCUCCAGCAAAUGACCGAGGAGGGCUCGCAGAUCAGGUCGGCCCAUCAACAACGUCUCCAGGACCUUCGAGAGGAGCUUCGACUUUGCAACGCCGGCCGGAUCUGCGAGGCGAAACAGGAGGAACUACUCGAGAGGAACUCCUGCAAGGACAUCCAGCAGUACCUGCAGGACAGUUUGAAGGACCUCCAGAACAAGUAUGAACCCAUGUUGCUGGCCCUUCAGAAGAGGAAAGAGACAACAACCAGCGCUUGUGUAAAAGCUAAAGAGCAGACCCGGGAGCUCAAGGCCCAGCUUGGACCCCUGCGGGAGGAGACGCAAACGCAGGUCCUGCAGAGAGCCUGCUUGGAGGAGAAACUCAAACUUGUUCACAUCCAGAUGAGAGAAGAUGCCGAGCACUAUGAGGAGAACAUCCGUUGUCUCGAGAGGAGCAGCAGAGAGUUGAAGACGGAGUUGACCGUACAGAAAAGACAAAUCAAAGAGGCGGCAGAGUUGCGAGAUCACCUUUCCAAACAACUCCUCCUAUAUAGGUCUGCUGCGGGGGACCACCAGACACCCGAACAUCAAAAACAAACAUGAUUUACCGCUCUAGAUAAGUUUUUGAUACGCAGAAGAGGAUAGAAUGCACUUUACACAUAAUUUUGCAUUGUUUACCAAAUUAGUUUGAUGUGUUCUGGACUCCUGCUGCAGAAACGGUACUUUUAAUGACAAUACAAUUUUU